AUGUCUGAAAACGAAAGUGAUACUAAUUGUUCGACACCAGAAAAAACUAAACGGAGACGAGGAGAAAGUUCUAAGACCUAUUCGCACAAAAAACAUAACUUCAGAGAUGAGUGGUUAACCCAUGAUAUAUACAGGAAUUGGUUAUUGCCAGUACACAACAAUAAACUAUUAGCUAAGUGUAAGUUGUGUAUUACAGAAAUGACUGCUGAAUUAAGUGUUAUCAAAAAACAUUCUUUGACAAAAAAACAUUUAAAUUCAGUGAACUCUAUUGGACGCCAACAAAAUUCGAUUUCGACCUUCAUAAAUAACACGGAUCAAUUCAAAUUAGCUGAGCAAACUAAAAAGGCAGAAAUUUUACUUAGUAGCUUCAUAAGUGAACACAAUUUACCAUUCAAUAUUAGUGAUCAUUUAGUAAAGACAUGUAAGGCAGCAUAUCCGGACUCAAAAAUUUGUUCCAAUAUAUCUUUGGCUCGUACUAAAUCAACAGCUCUUGUAUCAAAUGUUAUAGGACUUUAUUCCUUUGAACAAAUUACAAAUAUUUUGCAGAAAACACUUUUUAGUGUAAUUAUUGAUGAGAGUACUGAUGUUGGCUGUGUAAAAACUAUGUGUAUUUGUGUUAAAUACUUUGACAGUGCAUCAGAUUCUUUUGAAACUAAAUUUUUUAAGCUCAUUCAAUUAUUCGAAGAUAUCAAAAGUGCAGACAAAGGAGCUACCGGUCAAAAAAUAUUUGAUGAAGUAAUAAAAGCGUUCACAGAUUCAGAAAUUCCAUUGGAUAAUAUAAUAGGAUUCGCUUCUGACGGAUGUAAUACCAUGUUCGGUGCAUCAAAUUCUGUGACAUCAAGAUUAAAAGAAUGUUUGCCAGGUGUUUAUAUUCAAAAAUGUAUUUGCCACUCACUUCAUUUAUGUGCCAGUGCUGCAUGCAAAGCUUUACCCAGGACCUGUGAAGACCUUGCCAGGGACAUUUAUAACUACUUUAAAUCAAGCUGCAAGAGAGUAAGUCAAUUUAAACAGUUUCAAGACUUCUGCAAUGUAUCCCCUCACAAGAUUUUAAGACCAGCGCAGACCCGAUGGCUUUCAUUGAGUAUGGUAGUAAACAGAAUAGUUGAGCAAUGGCCUGCACUAAAAUUGUUUUUUUCGUCUCAUUGGCUUGAUGAUAAACUUAAAGCUUCAGAAAACAUUUUUCAUGCCUUGAAUGAUCCUUCUGUAUUUAUUUAUUUUAAAUUUCUAGAAUGGGUCCUUCCAAAAUUUGUGAAUCUGAAUAAACUGUUUCAAAGUGAUAAACCAGUUAUAUG